AUGAAGAUGGAUGCAGAGUCGAUUGUGGUGCCAGAGGCCACGCCGGCGCAGAUUCCUUCCGUGAGCUUCAGGAGUAUGAAAUCUGCCGGCCACGGUCCUCGCUCAGCCGCCAGCUCCCGGACAUCUACAUCCGAAGGAUCCCUGCUGCCGAGCUUGCCGCACUUGAGUGAGCUCAUUCUGGUAGUCGGUGCGGACCGGCGACAGGAAGUGGUGCAAGUGCACGUGCAGUACACGGAGCCUCGGCGCCGUCCAGCACGCAGAGAAGGCAGCACGAGGAACCCAGCAGAGACUUUCCCCACCUUGCGGCAAUUUGUGCGACCAACGGAGUGGCAAACGGUGAGCAACGGCCUUCAGCAGUUCGCCAACCGAGCGAGGUCGGGAAACUUGCAGGAGGGCAGCCUGGGCAAAGUUUGGAUCAGGAUGCUCGACAACCCCAGCAAGUACAUGCAAGCGCGGCGUUCCUCUCUGAGCUUCCGAGACAGGGGAGCUGAAGGCCAAGCGAGCUUGGGGAGGUCAGCGAACAUUCCGACGAAGAGCAGGAAUGAGCUUGGAACGUUUUACGGUCAUACGGCAGUGGUCCUUCCACGCCCGAGUCUUUUCGAAUGUUCCCGCGACCAGCACCUCCAAAUGCAAUGGAGCGUGGUGAAGUUGGAACAUGUGUCACACAUGCUCAAAGAGGCGCAGAAGCAAGCCGUCUUCGUCGCGGAGGACUGGGGGGCCUGCGCCAGGGGCCUCGCCUGCGUUGCAACGCGCUUUCCGCUGCGCUACCGCCAGGUUUGGUGCGCAGACUCUGACAACGUCUCCAUCGCCCUGCUUCCGGAGCUUUGCUCGGGACUCAUGCCGAGGAUGGAGGAGCCGUGCCCAGCUCACCUCAUCCCGCCGGAGUGUGGCUGGACCAUUGGAAGCUGGUCACCGUGCUUCUCCUUGCCACCUUCCGAGGUGACAGACAACGCGACGGAGCUCUGCAAUGCCACCGGUAUGGGGAAGCAGUACCGGGGCGUAUCUUGCUUAUCCUCGGGCAGCGUGCCGGAAGCGGAUGAGUGCAAGCUGCCUCGGCCCUCAGGGGAUCGGUCUUGCCGUUGCAUCUCCAGCCAGGUGUCGCAACUCUCGCUGCUAGACCAGGGCAUGGGGGACUCCAGCGUCCAGGUGGCAUCCGCAAGCAUGACGCUGGUGGGCGUGCUGACGGCCUGCGUGCUUUGCACCUGCAUCUCCUUCGGCUGCUUCCUAUUGACAAGCCGGAGGUCUACGUCAGUGAAGAAAGCAGAUGCCCUAGCCGAGUUCGAUAGUUACGUGCUGACGAGCAAGGAGAAGCAAUACAAGCAUCGUGUCGCACCAGCGCCAUCCAAAGAAGAGCAGCAGGACGUCACUGUAUGCGUCGCCAACUCCCGGCAGAGCACCCGAAACGAAGGCACAUCUGACUUUGAAACAGCAUCCGAAUCCACGGCCAGCGUGGGGUCUGCGAUUCCAUCUCCAACCUCCAGUGGGACUGGCUCCAGGACGACCCAGAUGGCACCUUUGGCAUCCCCCUGUUCUGUUUCCUCCGUGGCUUCUCAGCCGGUGAGAGUGUCACCGCUUCCAUCGCCUUCCACGCUGUCAAUUUCCUCCAUCAGUGCUGUCCUGCAGUCGCCUGCGCAUUCCGCCGGCUAUGGCUCGGGCACAGCAGAGUCUGGUGAAACAGUAUUCCUAGCGUUGAGCUCCCCAAGCAAUGCGGGCAGCCCGACCCGGUCUCCCAAACGCCGGCCCACGCUGCCCGCCGUCUCGGAGACGGAGGCGCAUUUGACGCAGACGAGCCAAGAACCACCAGUCGACCAUCCACACUCUCUGGCCUCUGAGGAGCAGAGGUCCACCCAGGUUGCUUCAGCACGGCCGCGAAGGAAGAAGAACGCACCCCGUCCGCCCACGUUGCAGAUGGACCUUUGUGGUCCCGAGGAGGAUCAGGAAGUCGUGCCUUUUGCUUCGCCUUCCAAGCGCUCGCCACAGAAGGCUCGAGACACUCCCGCCGAACGGGGCGACUUCUCCCCGGUCGUCUCCACCCUCGAGAGGGCUGUAGAAGAAGCAUCCAAAGACAAAUACUUUGCCCAGAAGACACUGGAGUUUGAGCGAGAACAGGCAAAGCAGUCCGAGGUUCUCACAGCAGACAAGGCAUGUCAGCAGAUUGAGCAAGGCAUCGCAGAGGGCAAGAUUUCUUCGCCAAAGCCAUCAGAGACCCCAAAGAUUGUCGAAGGCCCCCGCACGAAUGCAAUCGAAAUCAUGCAGAACUACAUCCGCGAUUCCACCGAGGGCAAGAACAGAAACAUCGCCGAUAACAAGUUUCCGAUCCUCGGCACGUCGGGCAUGAAGGGCAUCGGCAAAACGACGAUGCUCAAAUACGGACUCACCAAGGUGUUGCCAGACCUGAAGAUGUCGGCGAAGGGCGCAUACCUCACCUUCAACGGUGGGAGUGCGGAAAGUGCGAACGUGUUUUGGGAAUCGCAGACACAGCAACGCACUGUUCGUGCUAGCGUUGGGCAUGUUCUCAUCAGCGGUAUUCCCUUCUGGGCUUUGAGCAAUGCCUGA